UGUGUGUGUGUGUGUGUGUGUGUGUGUGUGUGUGUUGCAUCUAGAAGCCAGGAAGUGUCUUUGUUGGAUCCCCUAGAGCUGAAGUUAUUAACAGUUGGGAGUGACCAUAUGGGCAUUGAGGACUAACCACAAAUUGUCUGCAAGAACAGUAAGUGCUCUUAAACACAGAGCCACUUCUUCUGUUCUUCUUGGAUUGAUCUUAACAAGAAACUCCUUUAUUUAUUUAUUUAUUUAUUUACUUACUUACUUACUUUUUGGUAGUCUCAUUAGGUCAAGUGGGUAAACAAUUAAAUGAUUGUUUUUUUUUUUUUUGGUCAGAGACAACUUGUUUCAAUUUAGAGUUCAACAGAUGGACGUCUUCUCAUAUCUUCACCAAUACCUAAUCACUUCAACUACUUCAAUAUUUGCAAAACUAGCUGUGGUUCUUGAGAACUUAAUUUGAACUAAAUUCAGUGAAUGCUUAAUGUACAUUGUAACUCAAAAGAAAUCCCCAAGAAGAGAAGAGAGAAACGCUCCUGAGAGUGGCUAAAGCUAAUUCAACAGCAUCUUGUGGCUUUCGCUGACUUGUCCCAAUCUUAUGAACAGUGCUGAUUUGUGUUACGCUUGGUGUUUGCCUUUGAGGUGGACUUCUGGGAUCCUGAUGACUGAGUUUGCCCUUUCCAGGGUCACUUGGCACCACACCCGGUCCUACUAUAAUCUGCUUCCAGCAUUGACCAUGCCAGGGUGGAGCUGCCUGGUGACAGGAGCAGGAGGGUUUCUGGGCCAGAAGAUCAUCCAAAUGUUGGUGCAGGAGAAAGACCUGCAGGAGAUCAGGGCUCUGGACAAGGUCUUCAGACCAGAAACCAAGGAGGAAUUCUCUAGGCUGCAGACAAAAACCAAGGUGACAGUGCUUGAGGGAGACAUUCUGGAUGCCCAGUGCCUGAGAAGAGCCUGCCAGGGCAUCUCUGUUGUCAUCCACACUGCUGCUGUCAUUGAUGUCCAAGGGGUCAUUCCCAGACAGACCAUCCUAGAUGUCAAUCUGAAAGGUACCCAGAAGCUGUUGGAGGCGUGUGUCCAAGCUAAUGUGUCAUCCUUCAUCUUAACCAGCACAGUUGAUGUGGCAGGGCCCAACUCCUACAAGCAGAUCAUCUUGGAUGGCCAUGAAGAAGACAAUCUAGAAAGUACAUGGUCUGAUCCAUAUCCAUACAGCAAAAAGAUGGCUGAGAAGGCAGUGCUGGCAGCCAAUGGGUGCACCCUGAGAAAUGGUGGCACUUUACAUACUUGUGCCUUAAGGCCCAUGUGCAUUUAUGGGGAAAAAAGCUCAAUCUUUUAUAACAUAAUAAUUGGAGCUCUGAAAAAUAAGGGUGUUCUGGAUACUACAGGCAAAUUCUCUAGAGUCAACCCAGUAUAUGUAGGAAACGCAGCCUGGGCACACAUUCUGGCUGCCAGGGGCCUACGCGACCCCAAGAAGUCACCCAGCAUCCAAGGUCAGUUCUACUACAUUUCAGAUGACACCCCUCACCAAAGCUAUGAUGACUUAAAUUACACCCUGAGCAAGGAAUGGGGCCUCCGCCCUGAUUCCAGUUGGAGCCUUCCUCUGCCCCUGCUCUACUGGCUUGCCUUCCUGCUGGAAACUGUGAGCUUCCUGCUGCGUCCAGUCUACAACUACCGGCCCCCCUUUACCUGCCACUUGGUUACGCUGUCCAACAGCACGUUUGCCUUCUCCUACAAGAAAGCCCAGCACGAUCUCGGCUAUGAGCCGUGUGUCACCUGGGAGGAAGCCAAGCAGAAAACCUCAGAGUGGAUCGGGACACUAGUGGAGCAACACAAGGAGACAAUGAACUCAAAGACUCGGUGAUGUGAAGAUGGCAGGGACAUGGCCCUGGCUGUUAUCAGAAAUCAUCCUCAGGUCCUCAGAAGGGACACAUUCACAACCCAGGUCCUACUGCCUCCCUUUGACAAAACAGCCAACUUAGUGUCUUCCUCAAGUCCCCAGAAACCUUUCCAGGCACUGACCCAGCCACAAGCUUUCUUCCCCAAACACCUGCCCAGAGACACACAGGCAGCUAUGCCUCAGUUAUUGUGACCAAAAGCUUCAGCAACUACAGUUCUGUCACUUAGAAAUUAGUAUUGGGUUUGUCUUCCCUCUCAAGUCCUAUAUGUCAUCCCCCCUUUGGGAAAAUCCCAUUGCUUUAUGAAGUUCAACAAAAACAGCAAUAAAUAUUGUGAUGCCUUA